AAUGACUAGAAAUCAUUUGGCAUCCACAACACCAGGAUAAAAAUGAUGUUUGUGUUUAUGUUCAUCUGUUCUGUCCACUCAUCCCAAGGACUCAAUUGGACUUUGAGAAAAUUGCCGUGUGAUGUGAACAACUCCAACAGCUCUGUGGUUUUGGACUGUUCAGGUCGAUCUCUUAAAGAAAUACCAAAAAACUUGGUAUGGAAUGUGACCGAGCUUAACUUGGCUAAUAAUGAAAUAAGACUUAUCAAGAAAGACGCCUUCUUGAAUUUGAAGAAUGUUACAUGGAUAAAUCUCCGAAGGAAUCGACUACAAAACCAAGUUGAAAAAGACAGAGGGAUUUUUAGGGGGUUGGCUAAACUGGAAACGUUGCAGCUUGACAAUAACAACAUCUCUGCAUUUCCGAGAGAUCUCCCUUCUGGACUCCAAACACUGAGCUUGAAUUCCAACCAUAUUACAAGCAUUAGACCAUCAGACUUUCUGGGUAUAACGAAUAUCACGGUUUUGAGGUUAAACAAGAACUGCUAUCACGGCAAUCGUAACUUCGUAAUUCACAAUGAAACAUUUCAAAAUGUGAACCUGUUUGUGCUGGAAUUGUCCAAAAAUAGGUUAGAAAACAUACCUACGGCUUUACCCAGAUCCCUUCGCUUUCUCUCACUUCUCUUAAACAGGAUUGAGUACGUUGAUGCGUUUGUCCUACAGAACUUAACAAACCUGAGACGACUUGAUUUAUCUGGAAACUGCCCGUUUUGUUUCAACACUCCUUUCCCGUGUAUCUCAUGUCGGACGGAGAAUAACUCUCUUCAGAUUCAUCCGGAGGCUUUCAGUGGACUCGUCCGACUGGAAGACCUGCGACUGUCCGGUAAUUCAUUGCUAACGAUUAACCCGUCGUGGUUUAAGAACCUUACUAGGUUAAAGUACUUGUAUCUGUCCUUCAAUUCUUUGGUACAUGAAUUUGAAAGCGGACAGUUCUUCGAUGUGCUGCCACACGUGGAGGUUGUGGAUUUCUCGUACAACAAUCCGUCACAAAAAAAUUUCCAGAGGCUGAACCUCUCGCAACGUUUAGCUAGUUUAAAAUCAUUACAAACGCUUCACUUAGAAGGUUAUAUAUUCAAAAACCUCUGUGAAGAAGAUCUCUUUCCUCUCUUUCAUUUGAAAAACUUAUCAGUGCUCAACUUAGGAGUCAACUUUCUCCAAAAUGUCAAUUUAUCCGUGUUCAGGAACUUUCAAAACCUAUCUCUGAUUUCUUUCAUCGACAACAGGCUAAUAUUUUCAGGACAGAAUCAGAACAGGUGUGGACGUAAGGGAUUGUUUUACGAAGAUGAAGGUGAACACCGUAAAGAUCCCUAUAUUCACACAGAUAAAGACUUUCGUCGCUACCCUCCAUUCACCAAAGCCGAGUGUCUCGCGACAGGGCCGGUUUUAGACCUUAGCAGAAACAACAUAUACCAAGUUAACUCAGUUUAUUUCGCAGGACCAGAAAACAUCACUUGUCUCAAUCUUUCCUCCAACUUCAUUGGUUCAUAUUUCAACGGUACAGAGUUCAUUCAUUUUCCCAAGCUAAAAUACCUCGACUUGUCUCACAACAGGGUCUACAUGCAGUCAGAUUUAGCCUUCAACGAACUGAAAGAAUUAGAAAUUUUGGAUUUAAGUCACAACAAAUAUUACUUCGAGGUUGCUGGCGUGAGACACUCUCUUGCGUUUCUCAAAAACCUUGAGUUCCUCCGAGUGCUCAAUCUUAGCUGGAAUGAAAUAAACACGCUGACCAACAAAACGCUCAAUAGCAGCUCGCUGAAAGAGCUUCAGUUUCAAGGGAAUCGACUGGAUAUAAUGUGGAAAAAAGACCAAGGAUUUAUCAGUCUUUUUAAGUUUCUCUCGAACCUGACACAUCUUGAUAUAUCAUAUAACAAGCUUUCCCAAAUACCAGAAAAUAUAUUUAGUUAUUUCCCGCAGACCCUGACAUAUCUAAGCAUGAGCAGAAACACGCUAACCGAUUUUGACUGGGAACAGUUCAGAUAUUUGCCUCAACUGGAGACUUUGGAUCUCAGCAAGAACAAACUAACUUGCGUACCUGAUAAACUAUCAAAUCAUUUAAGUUCACUCAAGGUUUUGGACCUGAGCCAUAAUCUCAUCUCCAGGUUGAAACACAGCUUUCUCAGAGAUGACAAAAGCUUGUUGACCCUCAAUCUCGCUUAUAAUCGCUUAAAAAAGAUCAGCGAUAUGUCCUUCAGAUCGGGAGGUGCCCAUGUCCUACGACUGCUCCAUCUGAAGAGGAACCCAAUUCACUGCACGUGCGACCUACUAGACUUCAUCCUCUGGUUGGAAAAAAGCGACAUAGUCCUUCCUCGUCUGGCAACAGAGGUCCUGUGUGACCUUCCAGAAGCUAAACGGGGUCAUCCUAUGGUAAACCUCGACAUAAAAAAUGCCUGCAUUAACAACGUCAUUGCUCAAAUCCUGUAUUUGUUGACGUCAUCCGUCAUCAUCAUUAUGUUAUCCAUCACCAUCACCAUACAUGUGUUCUACUGGGACAUAUCAUAUAUUUACAAUUUCUGUCGGGCCAAAAUAAAACGUUCUCAUUUGAAGACCGACUGCACCUACGAUGCCUUUGUUAUCUACGACACCUCAGACCCGACCGUUGCAGAUUGGGUCUUCAACCAUCUCUGCUUCCAGCUGGAAGACAGAGGCGGACGGAUUCAUCCUCUCUGUUUGGCCGAGAGAGACUGGACUCCUGGUACGUCCAUUAUGGAUAACCUGAACCACAGCGUACAGCGUAGCAGGAAGACGAUAUUCGUGUUGACCGAGGGUUUUGUUCGCAGUGGGAUUUUCAAGAUGGCGGCAUUUCUCGCUCAACAAAGGUUGCUGGAGGAGGGUGUGGAUGUGAUGGUCCUGGUCUUGUUGGAGCCGGUGCUUCGUCAAUCGAGAAUCCUAAACCUGCGGAGAUGCCUGUGCGGACACAGCGUACUGGAGUGGCCCGCAAACCCGGCGGCGACCAACUGGUUCUGGCAGAGUCUGAGAAAUGCAGUUAGGUUUGAGUGUCAAGGUGUGCAGAGCAAAAUGUUCACAACUUACUUUGGCGGACGAUGAAAUGAUAGAAGUACUUCAAAUGUCAAAGUUGCUGUUUUGGAUGUAGUCCACUAAAACAUAUUUAGCAUGUCAGUUCUGCUUUAACUGGCGAAAUGUGUUUCGUCACUCUUUGUCACCAACGCUGUCACUUCCCUCUUAGGCUAUUUUUAAUGAAGCACUUCCCAUUAGUCACAGUUAUGGUGCAAUCACAGUGACAUUUGUAAGGGAAUACUGUGUUUUACGUAUUAUCCUAAAUAAAGAUUUGAUGCGGUGAUAGAUUUCUAUCAUAGAUUUUUCUGGGCUCAUAUAGUUACGAUACACAAACACACACUUACUCUAGCUCUCCAUGUCCUUCCCUUUUUCAUCUUUUAUUCAUUACGAAACCAGUGAUGAAAAAUUCAUGACUGUAGGCAAUGAAAUGAAUGCAAAAUGAAAACGGUGGGCGUAUAAAAGGGGCUGAAAUGAAGAAUGUCUCUAUCUAGGGUGAAGUCUGAACUAGGUGUGGAUCACGGUGAGGGCAGUUGGUUAUGGAGAGCAACUUCUGCUAACUCUCUCUCUCUCUCUAUGUAAAUAAGACAGAUGAACUUUGUGUACACCUACUUCAUUCCCAGCAUUAUCAUAAACCUGUGCACUCACUGAACAAUGCUGUUAUGAGCCUAAUUGACCAUAAUCUAAGGUCAUAUACAACCUGGCCAACAAUGUGGAACAAAGCAAAAAUAUCUUGUCAACUCAGGCCUGAAAGUGCAUGAUGAACAAACGUAGUAAGGAAUGCCAUAAUGUUUUCUAAAUAAAAUGAUUAAUGGUAUGUGAUUCAAUACAAUGAUAAAUUGUGGUUUCUGGGCGGCCCUAAUAAAUCAAUGGUGCGUGAGAGCGGCUUCCAACCUUUUGGAUUAUACAGUGCUUUUUAUAUCUGUGAACUGUGAAAUCCCCCCAAUAGCCUUCCUUAACAGCAAGAGACAGAUUAUAACUUAACUGUAACCAUUUUACUUAAUUAUUUUCAUGACACACUACAAUUAUAAAUAAAAUUGUUAAUGUUUU